GACUGACACAAGAAGGAGUGGAGAGAGGACUCAGUGAGGGAUGUGAAUGACUUUGUCUUGUGGAUCAUUUGGACUACAGAAUCUGGACUAUAUUGUGUUUGGGACCAGGCCAUGUCUGAGAGCAUAGUGAGGAAGGUUCAGCCCUUCACCAUAGGGACCAGGCUGUCUGUCCCAGCUGUGUCAAAGUGUCAGGACUUUGCACCAGAUUAUCUGCAGAGCCCGAGUUUGGAUAACUGCACACUGCCGCACAACUUGAACUCUCUUUACCUCAGCCGCUCCCCGGUCUGUGGAAAUGGACCCCGCGUGUCCCCGGUACAGACUCAGUCUGCCGUGGGACAGGAGCCGGACAUGGCAGCAGAGGACCAUCUGAACCAGAACAUCUGCUCAGCCGCUGCAGUCGCCCGCUCCAUCAAGAAGAUCACCAUCUCUGGGACCAGGGACAGACCUGAGAACAGGACAGUGAAUAAGGCCGCGUGUGUGUUUGUGACAGGGAUCACAGAAAAUAACAACAACAACAACAACAGCAGCUCCACUACACAAACUUUACCCAGGAUAGUGGGUGUAAGCUGUGAGAAUAAACCAAAGUCUCAAUUCAAGGUGCUGCUGAGAAAAGAAAGCUCCGAUGAACAGACAGUGGCACAAAUUGAGUCCCACGUGAGCGAAGAGCAGCCCAGUAAGCAGCAGCAGAUUUCCUCACCUGAAUCUGAGGCUCAGAGGAAAGGCACUGAUCCAGUGUCUCAGGCUGAAGAGUCCCCAGGUGUUUCAUCCCAAACUGACUGUUUCACUCAACGCAACUCACUCUUCAACAAGGAAGCACUGCAGGCAGAAGCAUGGAUCAAGGGGAAGCUCCAGGACCUGAAGGAUGGCCGUAAUAUUGAGCGCUGCCCCCUACAGGACUGGGAGGAGGCCUGUCAGACUCUGCAGCGGGACCUCAAAGACUUUGAAAACACCUUGAUUCAACUAAAUCAGAUGGGGGAACAAUUGAUCUGCAAGAAGAACCCGACUUCAGAUCUGGUGAAGAAACAGCUGAGCCAACUCUGGGACCAAUGGCAGACUCUGAAACAGACAGCGGCCAAUCAGACGAGGGCUUUGGGCGGGGCCAAGAACCUGCAAGAGUUUAACACUAAAGUAGAGAAACUGGAGGCGUGGAUAAAGGAGAAGGAAGAGCCCACAUCCCUGGUCAAUGUCCUUGGGGAAAGUGUGGACAAGAUGCAGCUAACCAGAAAAAUUUUAGAUUUGAAACAGGAUGAGCAGCUCUACAGAAAUCUCUAUGAAGAAAUCAACCACUUAGCCCUCAAACUGGAGAAGCAAGCCAAGGCAGAUGGGAAAAACAUCGGCAACAGGAGGAAGCACGUCAAUAAAAUGUACACAUGGUCCUUUGAGAUGAACUGGUGGCUCAAAGUGCAAGCUCAUCUCAAGAACUAUCAUGAAAAUCUGCAGCUGGCUCUGGAGGUGUCUUCCUUCUACCAACAAGCUGAUAAUAUAUUACUGGCCAUUCACAACAUGAGAAAAGGUGUAUCUGCAUCUAAGGAGCCGGACAAAAUCGGAGACCAGGAAAUCCGAGACAUUGCAGGUCAAAUCAUGAUGCUGGAUGUGAGUGUGUCCCAGCUCUCUAACCUGCACCCUGCCCUGGCGACCGGCGUCAUUCAGAAACAAAGUGAAAUCAAAGAGUCAUGGGCACUUCUGCAGAAAACACUCAGGACUGACAGGGCUGCACCACCCCCCACCAGCCCCACUCCUCCCAGAGAAGAGGGCGACCCUUCAACCAGGGAGCAGGGCAUCGUGGGAACUGAGCUGCAAAGGACCAUGGGAAAAGAGGUGAAGGAGGAGCAGAAUCGGCUAAAAGGUUUUGUGGGCACUGCUGAUGCUAGCAUUGGUCAAACCCAGGAACAGGAUUCAGUAAGUCUUUCAUCACCCAUGGGAGAGGCGGCCGUCUGUUCCAAUGAUGUCAUAGCCAGACACCAGUUGAAGGGAGAAAGCAGGAAGCCCAAAGCUGAGCCCAAGAAUGACAGCACCCAACCAGGCCACCCACCGCUACAUGCCCAGCUUCAGAAGUUCACCGUGUCUGCAGACAAGACACUGGCCUGGCUCAAAGACAACGUCUCCAUGGCGACCCAGAUCUGCUCCGUGGCCAGCCUGGAGGGCCCCGAAGCCGCCCGCAGGUGUCAGCACGCUUUGGAGCAGGAGAUACUGAACAACAGAACGAGGAUUGAGGUGGUUAAAAGAGAGGGCCGUGGGCUGGUUCGAGCGCAGCACCCGGGCAGCUCCAGGAUCCAGGAGUUCUUGGGUCAGCUGGAGGUGCUGUGGGAGGAGCUGCGGAGGAGGCAUCAGAGGAACGCACUCUUUCUGCAGGCCUCUGAGGAACUGGGCUUCAGAGUUGUUAAAGUGCUGCAGGCCCUGGGCAGCCUGGACGCCUGGUUGGAGUCUGUGGAGCUUUCCAUGAAGGAGUCCUCUUUGGCCGCUGACCCUGAAACUAUGAGUGUUGCCGAGAGACAGAGCUGCCUCCUGGAGAGAGAGGUGGCAGCACGCGGACAUGAACUGAGCACGCUCAGACAGGAGGUGGAGCAGCUGCAGUGCCACAGUCACCCGCUCACGAGAGGGCUGCCCGCGCGUAUGGACGAUGUGGAGAGAAAGUACCAGUGUGUUCAAAGUGCGCUGACCCAGCAGAGCUCAGAGCUGCAGGACACACGGAUGCUGACUGAGUUUCUGGAGCAGGUCGAACUCGAAGAAAGCCAGGAGAGGAGGGGGGGGCACUUCAGCUUAAGACAGCCAUUGCACAGUGAAAUGUCCCCAGCACCCACUGUAUUGGACCUCCGGAGCAGCGGUGCCACAGAGCCUCUGAUGGAGCCCAUGGGAGACCCCGUAGAAGAGCUGAGAGAAGCUGUGGAGAUGCUCAAUGACACUGUGAGGGCAAGAGGGCGCUCUCAAAACCAUGAUCAAGCCAUACGCGAGCUACUGAGCAAACAUGCUAGUCUGGCUGUGCACGUGGAGGAGAGCUUAUGCCGCAGUAAAGACUUGAGCCUGGACAUCUUGGAGAGAGAGACAGACAUGGCGGUCCAGUGUGAGCCGGACCGCUGUGGUUUGGAUGCCCUGUGGGAGGAGCAGGACCACCUGGAGAUCAACUAUGAGGACAUCAAGUCGGAGGUCAAAGCCGUGGAGGGCCAGGCCAGGCACUUGGAGGAGCUGUGCCCAGAGAGAGUUCACGUUUUUGGGGCAAAGAUCCAGGCGACGCUGCAGGCCUGGUCUGAGCUGGGGGCCAGCGUGAUGGAGAACAAAUUACGUCUGCGAGAGUUUGUCCAGCUCCAAGACUUCUUCAGGAGCUAUCUACAGAUGAUCUCAUGGACAGAAGAUACAAGGUCCUGCAUUUUCUCAGCUACCGCCUUGCAUCAUGGGAAAGAUGGACAGGGGCCAAUGGCUGCAGAGCUGGAUUCGCAGAUUGAGCAAAAGUUUGAGGAGUUUGAAGAGCUGGCAGCUACAGGGAGGAACAUUUUAGACAAAGACCAUCACCUCAGUCAGAUGGUGAGGGAGCGCAUGGAGGAGCUGAGGAGUAUGCUGGGCUGGAUCUCAGUGCACUGGAGAGUCCAAAAACAGCAGUGGCUUCAGAAACAAGAGGCACAGGAUCAUGUUUACUCUGUCAUGUGCUCAUCAGUGGCAAAGCCUUCAGCACCCGAACAGCAGGCUGACCAAUCAGUGUACUCCCCAGUCCUCUCCUGUGAUGAAGAAAGGCAACAGGAAGCCAGAGAAACACAGAACUCCUCACUUUUGUGUAAACCCGCAAAUAAACAAACAGAGGAUGGAUAUGAGGUCAUGACAAGUGUUCCUCUGCACAGUCCAGAUGUUAAAUCGCCCGAGUCUCCCAAAUCUUCAGUCUUCGUCCUCAAAGACAAAAGCAGCCCUGGUUUGGGGAACACAGUCAACCUCAUCCUCAGCUUUGGUAACACAGGGGACAGUCAGGUGCAGGUGCUGGAUGCUCCUGUCACUGCAGAGGAGGAAGAGGAGGGGACUUCUGAACCUGUUCGCAGACCCACUGUGCCACAACCUGUCCGUAAAACCUUUUGGAGGCGCUGCCAGGGCCUUUUGGAAAAUACUCUGGGUAGUUUAAAGAGAAAGAAAAAGAUUUAUCGACAGAGUGCAAACGAGGUAAGCACCUACUUGCAUGUCAAGGAGAACAGCUUGUCGUCGGGCCCUGUGUACGAGAGCAUCACCCUGCCCCGUCUAAAGAGCCACUCACCCCCCUCACCUCCCCCGUCCCCGUCCACACCACCAAACGCAACCCAGAUGACAAACUACCACUUGUCCACCGGGGGGAGCACUUCUAUCUUCAGCAGUCUCAAGAGGAUCGGCAAGAAACGGAAACGCAAGAGGGAUAAUACAAGAAGACACUCAAUUCAGAAAAUCAUGGGAGUAGAGGAGCAAGAGGAAGAAAUUCCCAAAAGUGCUUCUGAGAAAGUAAAUUACGAUACACGGACUUGGCCGCUGAAACAAGGCAGGAGGAAGAAGGCAAAGAGUCCGGAAAAUGUAGCUAAAGACUAUAUGAAAAACCCCUUGUUGAAAGACAUUGAAAGUGAAUGUACAGGUGAAUACAACAUCACGCCUUACGCUGUUUCAGAAGCACCAUCGUCUUCUGCGAAUCACAUUAAAAGCCACUGCCGCUUUCUCUCAUUGGGUUCUGUGUUAAGUUUUGAGUUGCCUAAAGAUAUGAAAGUUAUCCCUAGUAUUCAAGAUAUCAUUACAAUUGCUCCGCCAGACUCCAAAAAAUCAACAGGAGAAGAUCCGGACCCACUUUCACAAAGACAAACUGCACUUAGCUCCUUCAAACAGACAAGACCUGCGUUGGCUGAAACCACGUCAGAAAAUGAAAAUGCUACAAGUUCUCCCAUUGAAAAAGAUACAGCUGAUAACUAUACACUGAAACAGCAAUCUCAUAUAUUAAAAACUGGCCAAUGUGAUAACAAAUUACAAGUUGAAUGCAGCGCUAAUACAGUUUUGAACAGAGAAAGUGACCAGCAAUCAAAUAAAAUCAAGAAUCCCAUUUACGUCAACCAUCACCCCAUUAAAACUUGCAAUAAACAUGAGUGUCUGAGUGUUCAUACGCUUAUAAAGGAUUUAAAUGGGCACAAGUAUCACAAAUGUACAAGACCCCAUAAUGCCCAAGGUCAUAGCCAAGCCUCACAUAUGGUGGUCAAUCUAAAGUCAACUGUAAAUGUAAACGUUCGCCAAGAUUCACUGGACUCUGGUAUCUCGAGUUUGGGCAGUGUUAAGCUUUCUUCAGAAAUACCCAGCCUCGAAAAUCUUCAACCCAAAGGUAUUGUGGGUAAAAUGAUGUCGUUGGAUGUAGGGUGCAUUGGUAACAACAAGGAGUUCAAAACAAAUAUGUCGUCUACUAGUGAAUUUGAAUCAGAGGCGGUGCACGUCGACCACCAGCAGUUUGAAGAAGUGGAGGAGGAGUUAGAAGGAAUUUGGAGUCAAAAUUUAAGAAAUAGCAUAUGCUCAGAUAUUAUGUACCAACCAAAUCAAGACGAAACACUGUCAGUUGAUCAGCCUGUUCUGCCAUCUUCACCCCCUGCGUCCAAAAGUCCUGCGGUUCUCUAUAGAAAUUUGGUAACCGCCUCUGCUCCUAAUCUUCUUGUAGCAGAGUUCAAGCUUCCACCUUCUGUGCAAAGUUUACUGGGGUAUGACAAAUGUCCCAAUCGGCACCUGUCUUCCCUGGCUGUGGGGGAGAGGAGGUCCUGGGCGGCCUUCCCAAACCGAGACCCCUCUUCCUCCUUGUCCUCUGGGCCCUCCAACGGGACGUCGGUGGCUGUGAACGAGACUGCGUCCGAUCCAGUGAAGCUUCCAGAGAUAGAGGACAGUCAGAGAUACAUUUACCAGUACAGAGAGGAGGAAGAGGAGGAGAGAGAGGAUGAAGAGGAGGAGCACACAAGCUGUUUCAAGGGUGAGGAGGGUAACUGUCAGCAAACCUCUCCGACAUCUGAACACACUGAAACGCAGGAUCACACGACGGCCACUGGAGAGCGCUGUAUCGCUUUGAGGCCAGAGCUGCAGAGUAUGGAGGGGACCCUGGAGAGAAAGCAGAGACUACAGCUAGGAGGAAAAAAAGCAGCCUCUCGGGGAUGGAGUUCCUACCACACUGUCCUAUAUAGACACACCUUGUGCUUCUACCAGGAUAGAAAGGACAUUCUGAGGAGUUCCAGUUGUGGUCUGCCACUGAAUCUCAUUGGAGCAGAGUGUAUCCCGGCUCCAGAAUACACAAAAAAACCCAAUUGCUUCCACCUGAGGCUCAGAGACGGCUCUGAAUACCUGCUCAACGCCUCCUCACGACUCCUCAUGAAGAAAUGGAUUAUGAAAAUACAAGCAAAUACAGGACGUCCCAAGGCUGGCUCUGUAACAUCAGGGGUCUGCAGAGAUGUGGACCUUCCUUUUUCUGUGUCACCCUCUCCGUGCUCUCGAUCUCCCUCAUCCUCCCCUCAUGAAGUCACCUCCACGUUCCCGCAGCUCAAACCACGAGGCUCCGCCCAAACCACAAUCACCCUCAGAGAGUUCAGUCAAAUGUCACAGGGUCAUAUAAGGAGCACAGAGGAGAAGCAGGACCCCUGCUCUGUGGCGGGGGGAUGGGCUGGUGAGGAUGACUACAGUUUGACACAGACAGUGACUCAAACACCCGGAGGCUCCACAGACUCUGCUCCUCUCCCUCUGAACACACAGGACGGGCUCAGCAACCAGCGCCGCUCCCACUCCUUCACUUCAGCCACAUACCAGAAGAUCAGCCCCGUGUUGAGCUGCGCUGGAGGCAGAGGGGUGGAGAGGGGCUCAAACUACUGUGUGACUCUUCUGGUGGGGGACAAGUCACGUGAUAUACCCUCCGUCUCCCGUAGCAACGUCUCUCCCGUGGGUGAACCCUCCGCCCUCAGGUACUACACAAGCCUGCCCCGACCACGCAACAAGUCUGUCUUCAAAAAGUUCUUUGGAAGAAAAGACUAUUGAGAUUCACAAUGUGCAGUGCGCAUAAACCGCUACUACUGACAGUAUUUAUGACCUGAAGAAUAACAAGAAUUUAUUGAAUUUACGUGUUAAAACCAUGUAAGGUGCCACUAAGGAAACGUAAACUUAUCUUAACAAUUCUUUAUAUGUUCUGUACUGGUAAUCCUUUUGUAUGAGUGUGUGCUGUGUUAUAGCAGAAGAGAUGAACCAAAGUUACCAUAGCAGUCUUAUAUUUCUCCUGUACAUUUUAUUCUGUGUGUUUUAAAGGUGCACUAUGUAACUUUUCUGGUGCGUGGUCCGCAACCUGCUUCUGUCUAUAAAUAUGUUAUUGCUUUUCCUGGAAUGUUCCACUGUACAGCCCUAAAAUGCAUAAAAUGACCUUCACAAAUAUUCUUUCUUACUGUGAUCUGUACCUUGGCUUGAUUAUCACCAUUGUCUCUAUAGAGAUACAGAAGUUUAAUGCCAUAUUGUGAAACAUUCCACAUAAAGGAAAGUAGGUGACGGACCUUAUAGUGCACCUGUGAUGUCUGUUCGUUUGUCUUCCAAAGAAAGUGACAAUGUGUGAGUUAAUGUGUGAGGUCAAUUUAAACACUACAUUUUGCCACUCAUUUAUUACCUUUUGCACUGUGUGGUGCAUUUUGCAUUUUGUACUUUGACUCUAUCUGCAGUUUGAUACUGCUUUUGUGCUUGUUUUAUAUUCACAUUAUUAAGAUACUGUAAAGUCUGUUCAUAAUAAAACAUUGAUCAUUU